UCCUCUAGGUUCCCUGCCUCACGAGAGAGCUAAUUUAACCACGCCCGCAGGAUUCGCCAUCAAAUCUUCGUCACUUCCGGGAGCGGGGAUGGGCGCAUGGGCGGAGACCUUUGUUCCGAAGUUCACGAUCCUCGGUGUUUAUGAAGGACUUAUUCACACUGUAGACAAGAAGGAGGAUUUUUAUUCAUGGCAGGUAGAUAAACAGGGGAGCGAUGGUACUUACAACAUAGAUGCAGAAGAUCCGGCCUGUAGUAACUGGUUACGAUUCGUUAAUUCUCCCGCCAAAUAUCAACAGGAAAAUGUCGUUCCUAUCACGUGCGAGGGCAUCAUCUUCUAUAUGACGUCACGUGAUAUAGAGCCGGGUGAAGAGCUUCUUGUCUGGUAUGGGGAUGGAUAUGGGAGGUUUUUAGGCGUAAACCGCAUACAUCCGGGUAAUGAAACAAUACACUUUAUGGUUAAUUGUUUCCAUCCGGGUAUUUAA